UUUUAUAUUAAUUUAUGAAUUUACUUUAAAUUUAUUGUCACGACUUCUUAUAUUUGUCCAUAUAGCUAUUUAUGUUUUUCUUCAAUACUUAUAUUCUUUGAUUCUCUUGAUUUGAUACAAUAGGUGACGCGCCUCAAAUAUGACAACUUCAUCUUCGCCCUCCUCCUUUCCCAUUGCAUGCGUGAUGCUCCGAGUUUGGUCCAGUUCAUGUCCGCCAUUAGUGAAAUCGCUCAAGGAUCCCACUGCCCCUUUAUCCCUCCGAUGUGGGAAAGACAUUUUCUUAGUGCACGCUCGUCUCCAUGCCUGACACAAACCCAUCGUGAGUACUUACAACAAGCCACCGCCGAUAACAGCAACACAUUGACGACAAUGCCCCUGAAUUUUGACAACAUGACGCAAAAAUCCUUCUUCUUCGUUCGUUCCCAAUUAUUCGCUCUUCGCCGCUAUGCUCCUCCGCACCUUGGGCAAUCUUACUCCCAAUUCGAGAUCUUGGCAUCAUGCCUCUGGAAAGACCGAACAGUCGCCCUUCGGCCUGAACCCCAGGAAAAUAUAAGGGUGAUCUGUCUUGUCAGCAUGUGAGGAAAAUUCUCUGAUCCGCCAUUGCCCAUAGGUUACUAUGGCAACACCUUCGCCUUUGUGGUGGCUGAUCGUGCUCCGGUGCGCGGUCGAGGUUUAAAUUUAUAAAGUCAAAGCAACUCUCUAAUCAAUCCUAACUAAGCCAAGUAUAACCUAGCUACCGUUGUAGUAAAGUGGCUCGGUCGUAUUUCAAGGGAUCCCUAAGUGUAUUAUUAGUUUGCUAUGAACUACUAUCUAAUCGGGAUGGAAGUUUGGUGAGGGUUUCAGCUAAAUUAAUCUACUCCUAAGGAAAAAUAAACAACCAACCAAGUGGUUGGGAGAACGCUAGAGAUGAGAUGGAUGCCUAGGGUUGAAUCCUCCUAGCUAAGGCUGUAGGGUCAAUCGAAUGUGGUGAGUGAGCUCUUUUUCGUGGACUUUCAUGGUUAUCUGCACGCCUCCCCUAAACCCAUGUUCCAGUCACCUCAAUCUAGGCUAUCUAAUCUGGGGCAUUAAGCUUAUGACUCAUUUCAAUGGACACUAUCCACCGUCCACACCGAGGUUUCAUCCCGGGUUUCAUCUAGGAAGGCUACCUAUAGCAGGGGUUCGGUCGCCUCGACCACUAUAGGCCCCCAUUCACACAUUUAACCCAAACUCGCUAGAAGGCGCAUACCCGUAUAACCUUAGAACUCCAUACCCAGCGUGAUAGCAUAAAGUAGGCUAAGAGGGAAGAUUAGGGCGACUUACCCAAGUGUCAUCAUUUAUGAAAGAGUACCAACUAGACAAACACAUUCAUUCAUAACCUAAACAUUCUCAACCUAUAAUUAGGGUCCAUCUACACCAAACAAUCACUAGAGAUUCAAGUCAUUAGAGAGAAGAAGAAAAUACAAACUAUAAGGGGGGAAUGAUGAAAUCAAGCUUCUUCUCCUUGCUCCUUGGGUUGAAUGAAUAUUCAAUGAAACCCAUGGUGUUUCUCUCUCUAAAGCAGUCCAAAACCCUAAUUUUCUCAUGUUUUGCAAAUACGAACAAAAAUGGGCAUGAGUAACUUGAUAUGUGGCCUAGACACGAUGAUUUAGCAUGCAAAUUCCUUGAGAAUAGAGGCUAUAUAACAUCUAUUUUAGUUGUUAUCAGUGGCAAUGGCACAGGCUGGCGAGCUAUGCCCAAACCCAUUAGAUCUUGUGAGUAAGGCCAAAGGUGAGGUAACAGAGGAGUACAUAAGUCAGUUGCUAAUCUAAUGGCGUUGAAAGGACGACUUGAUUUCUUGAAGACAAGGUGGACGUACCUUGUGUCGGAUGUGACUAGGUCCGGGUUUGAGACUAUGGAUUUUGGUUGGCCAGGUUGACCCAGAUGUCGGGCCAGUACCUAGAUUAGCAAACUUUUGCAUACCAUGUAAGAACGAGGAAGGGGAGGAUGGGAUUGUUUUGGCAAUUAGCUUGCCGGCGCAGGCAAAUGAGAGGUUUUUGAAAGAGCUCGAAAGCAUGUUGGAAUCACCACCUGUUGGAGUGGAGGCCAAAAUAUUUACUCAUGUUAUGUCAGCUUUAUAAAUUAUAUUGGGUUUGUCAUAUAUAAGAUUGGUUACAUGAAGAAUUUCCUUGAAUUAACAUGUUUUCUGGGGUAAGUAUAAUAUCCUAAUGAAUACUGGUACACUUU